CAGCAGGCUCAGUGCACAGGGCAUUUGGGAUUCCAGAGGACAGUGUCUUACGUGUGUGUGUGUGUGUGUGUGUGUGUGUGUGUGUGUGUGUGUGUGUGUGUGUGUGUGUGUGUGUGUACAUAAAACUUUGGAGCAGAUAUGGGAGCAGCAGCCUAGGAAGAGUGUUAUACACAUCCAUGCCUUGGUUCAUCUGGUAUACCAGCUGAGAGCAGCUCUGCCGGGAGACCCCAGCCGCUCAGGCUGAGUGUACGAGAGAGAGUGUUAGAAAGGGAGAAGCAUACUGAGCGCUGACAACCCUCUAACUUCCUAAUGGGGCUCUGGCUGCUAGUGCUGCUGGUGCUUCAGGCAGUUUGGAAAGGCGCGCUGGGGAAAACCCAUUCUUUGCAUACAAGAGGACUCAUUGAAUUAGCAGGAGCCAUAUCCUGUGGCACAGGACGCAAUGCUUUGGCAUAUCUAGGUUACGGAUGCUACUGUGGUCUGGGAGGACGAGGUUGGCCUAAAGAUAAAGUAGACUGGUGCUGCCACAAGCAUGACUGCUGCUAUGACAAGGCAGAACGGGAAGGCUGCAACCCCAAGAUGCUGAGAUACGAAUGGACUUGUGAACACAGUGCUGUGGUGUGUGAUACACUGACAGAUAGAUGCCAAAAAAUGGUGUGCGAAUGCGACCAAGAAGCAGCCAAAUGUUGGGGCACAGCCUCUUAUAACCCACAGUACGUCCUCUGGCCAGAUUUUUUAUGUGGACAGACUACUCCCACGUGUCAUGUUAGUUAGAUAUUGGGGGACAAGACUAAUCUUCUGGGGCCAUUUUUCUAAUUUCUAACAUACUGUAAUAAAAUUGUUUAUCUUUGAUCAAGACUGAUAGUGGUGUUAGAGAAUUUCUGGCAGCCUGAGAUGGUGAGGAGGAGAAAAGAAUUGGUUAGGCACCUCCUCGAUCUUUGGAAUUAAGGAUCAACCCCUCCAUACACCUCCUUAGUUGAAGAGGGUCAAAGACAUCUAAUAGCGCACCACAGCAACUCCACCCUGCAGUUAUAGAUAGAAAGAAAAAGUGUCAACAGCAGCUACUGGCAUGCUGUCCUUUCACAUUGCCUUACAUUGAGCACCCAUACGUUUUGGAAAGCCUGGGGCCAGGGGUGCUCUAUUUGGUUGCCUUUAGUUAAUUCCUACUGAUGGCUACGCUGUCUAUCAAAGCCCCAAAAUAGCCCAUUCUGGAAGUGCAGAAGUCAUACUUUACGUAUGGGGGCUGCUGGAGAUGGGUAGACAGGCAUCCUCAUUUUCUCUAUCAUGGAGGACAAGCUGCCAAAGGGCAUGGUCACUUCUCUUUGUAAAGGAACCUGGACUUCUGGCAGGAGCCAUGGUCAGGGCAAGAACUGAACAUUUAUCAGAUUUUUGUCUCUCUAAAAGUCCUGACCAACAGUCUCUUUUUUUUGUCAUCUCACUUCACACAGCUGAGAACACCUCUGAGAAGAACCUCAGAGGUGGGAAGAGAGUCACAUUUUUCUUUUUCUGUUGUAGGGGCAGUAACCAUUCAUGUUUUCUACCCAUAGGCUCAUCAAAUCCUGGACACACCUGAGUGUAUAGCUCCACUGCUUCACAUUUUAGGCCCUGAUCUGCUUCUGUCCUGUAGAGAUCUUAGCUUAUCCCACUUUCUCUGCUGUAUAUGAUUGCCUUCAGAAAUAUUAAAUCAUGCAGCUGAGAUUAUAGACAGCAUUAUUCAUGUUAAAGCAAUAAAUUCCACCUCAAGUAAAAGUUUCUUAUUCUACUCUUAGUUGUAUCCUUUAUAUUUUGGGUCUCUAUCCCACUUUUGAGUCCUAGAACCAGAGGAUGGACAUGAUGUCAGCUUAAUCUCAUCAUCCAACAUGAGGCUGGGUGGAACUGCAAUGUGGUAGGUGGCUAGUCAUGAAGGUUUUAGCACAGUGUGAUAGCCUGCAUACCACAAGAGAGACCCAGUUAUGUGACUGGAGCCUGCCCAGAGAUGAGGGCCUGGGAAUUUGUGCCUGAGAUGAAAAUGUGGUCUCUUUAUAUGAGAGACCUCUAGGAGCAUCAGGGUGCAGUGCAUGUAUAAAGGAUGAGACUUUCAAAAGUGCUCCACAUGGGCCUAACUCUGCUUCCAUUGAAGUCAAUGAUGAAAUGCCCAUUGACUUCAACAGGAGUGAAGUUAGGCCAAUGUCCAGUGCUGUUUCCACACAGAAUCCCUACUGUGCUCCAGGGAACUCACUUGACCUCAGAGGACAGACUUUAACAUGGGAGAUCUCCUGGAGCCUCUGAAAAGCCCUUGGCUGAAUUACUCCCAGGCUUUGUUGAAGGUUCAAACUCUAUCUGGAAUGUUUCUGGAUCACUGUAAGAGUGUUAAUGUUGCCUUUAAUUAUUUUAGUUUGUUAGAGGCUUGAAAUCCCUUUGUUUUCUGCCUAAUAAAUCCUCUGGAUGUGUAAAA